ACCACUGAGCUACCAGCAGUCUGGCUUUCAGUCUAGGGCUAGGCUACAAAACCGCAUUCUUAUGCGCAAAACAUGCGCAGCUGUGAGCGCAAAAUAAAUAGUUCCGCACACAGACCCAGAGAAAAAAAGUUCUCAUGCUGGGCUGGACAGAAAACCACCCCGAGUACCUAGCUAACCUUACGAGGAUUGGGAGCACGCCAAAGACAGCUAACGUAAACUGGGCUUCAUCAAAUCUGGAGGUCCUUUUAACCCAAUAAGAUUUGCUAGCCAAGCGGCGAGAGAAAUUGCAACUUAUAAUGGCCUCGGAAGAGCUUUAUGAGGUUGAGAGAAUUGUGGACAAACGGAAGAACAAGAAGGGAAAGAUUGAGUACCUGGUGCGCUGGAGGGGCUAUGGCUAUGAGGGGGACACCUGGGAGCCCGAGACGCACCUCUCUGCCUGUGUGGAGUUCAUCCACGAUUUCAAUCGGCAACACGGCGAAAGACAGAGAGACAGUACUUUACUGCGCUCCACUCGAAGCACUCCCAGCACGACCCACAGCCACAGUUCGAGAAACAAUGCCCGAAAGCAGAUCUGCAGGCCUCAGCCACACAGUGGUAACAGUGGAGCAGGAAGCCAUGCUCUAGUAAAACCCGGGAAUGCCUCUUCGCCCACCACAGCAGCUACGGCCAUCUCGAAACAGUUGCCACCACUUGACCCUGGCGUGGCACACACUAGAACAAACAUGCAGCUUAACUUGAGCCAGAAGUACAGUGUUUCGGCCACCGGUGACAUUUGUAGACCUGGCUUCACAAGCGGGCCUGCGGCUUCUCCGGUAGGCACAGUGCGUCGGAGCAUGGACCUGGCGAAGUCCGGGAUCAAAAUCCUGGUACCCAAAAGCCCCAUGAGCAGCCGGGCCGACUCUGAGUCUUCGCCUAGCGAGGCGGCCCACUGUCUGGAGCAAGGGGGUCAGGAGCAGGACUCUGUGCCCCCAGAGGUGGCCCUUUUGGAAAAGCCUCCAGGGUUGUUGCUGGGGCCUGGGGAAGAAAGAGCACGCAUGGGGACCCGGCCCAGGACUCAAAGCCAAAGCCCAUUAAUUCCUCAGCAAGUCCCCAUAACACCCGCAUCCAUACGCACACUCAAUGGGAAAGGUACAUCAACACUCAUGGAGGCUCUGGCGGCCAAUGGGACGGCUAGCCUGCAGAGUGCAGUGGCAGGAGUCACUGCAGUCUCCGGGGUGGCGGGGAAACGGCGCUUCGAGGAGCAGCGCUCAGUCUUCGACAAGCGCCUUCGGUUCAGUGUCCGGCAGACUGAGAGUGCCUACCGCUACAGGGACCUUGUUGUCAAGAAGCAGGAUGGCUUCACCCACAUCCUGCUCUCCACCAAGUCCUCGGAGAACAACUCACUGAACCCCGAUGUGAUGAAGGAGAUGCAGAGUGCCAUGGCCACGGCGGCGGCAGACGACAGCAAGCUGGUCCUGCUGAGCGCCGUGGGUAGCAGCUUCUGCUUCGGCCUGGACUUCAUCUACUUCAUUAGACGGCUCACUGACGACCGCAAGAAAGAGAGCAUCAAGAUGGCUGAGACCAUUAGGACAUUCGUGAACACGUUCAUCCAAUUCAAGAAGCCCAUCAUCGUAGCCGUGAACGGACCGGCAGUGGGCCUCGGAGCCUCUAUCCUCCCGCUGUGUGACGUUGUCUGGGCCAACGAGAAAUCCUGGUUUCAGACGCCCUAUACCACCUACGGACAGACACCCGACGCUUGCGCCUCCCUCACCUUCCCUCGCAUCAUGGGCGUGGCCUCGGCCAAUGAGAUGUUGCUGAGUGGGCGGAAGCUGACAGCCCAGGAGGCCUGCGCUAAAGGCCUCGUGUCCCAAGUGCUGUGGCCCGGGACUUUCACUCAGGAGGUGAUGGUUCGCAUUAGGGAGCUAGUCUCUUGUAAUUCAGUUGUUCAACUAAAUUGAAGGGAUUGGAGGAGGAGAAGACAUUGAUGAAUACACAAUGUGUCUUACAUAGCAGGGUGUCUGUCCUACUCGGCUCGGGAUUGAUUUGGGUUGGAUGUUCUAUCAACAUGGAUCAGCAUUUAUUUAUGACGUAACGAAAACCCAAGCGACUUCCAUUGUGGAGCUUUGCACUAAGAUGUGAUGCUCUGAACUCUUAACUGUGUUGGAACUAACUCUUGGGAAAACAGUGCAGCCCAGUGGAUUGGCAGCUUAUUGGAUUCUCUACAUUAACUUUUUUCUUUAGACUCCUGUAAGACUUUCCAUACAAAACGGGACUUAUUGCUAUUAAGUUGAAUAGCACCUAGGAUUCAAUCAAAGGCCCGUUGUUGAUAAGAUAAGCAUAGAGCACUUUACUUUUGAAGGUAAUUUACGCUUGAGUUGCGCUCUGUAGCCUCCACCAUGAAUGCGAUCUUCGAAUGUCAGGGAAGUUGCCUUUAAAAGACUUUGUCAACAGUGUAGUGCCUUAACAACGCGCCUUUAAUUGAAUCCGGUCCAAAGUCUGUCUCAGACCAACUUUUAAAAAGCUCUUGACUGUAUUUAGGUUUGUCUAACUGAUAUAGUCUCUGUAGAUAUUUCACCCAGGUAGUCUUUUUAUUUGUUAUCUUAUUUGGCUUUGGGGACGGUAUGUGCUACCAAACAGUUUCUAUGAUAAAUUAUUUUUGUUUUAAGUUAAGACUUAUUAGAAUAUUAUAAUUAAAUAUUCUGCAACUUUUCAAUUAUUCCUUCCAUGAAACAUGCCCGCAAGGGAGAGACAAUUACAAGAUUGUAAUGCAAUAUUUCUAUGUAGUUGUGAUGAGGCUAGGCUACACAUUAAGGCUCUAGCUAAGUUCCACAGCAGUGCCUUGUCCUUUACUUCUUUUUCCAUGACUUCACAAAUUGUGGGUUCUGAUCAUCAGUGAGAAUAGCCUGUAAUGUUAUUGCAGUGAAAUCGGGCCAAUGCAGUGUGAUGUGAUAGUUUAUGAAAACUAUCCAAAAAAGGAACACAUGCCAAGACAUGUUUAAUAAAUACAUCAGGGAAAACAUGUCAUUUUUCUCAGUACCAUGAAUAUAGUACCAUAAAUACAUCAGGCACAUGCUUACCCUGAUGUAUUUGUUAAACAUGUCUUGGCAUGUGCCUUCUGGAAAGUUAAUAUUCAUGGUACUGAUUUUAAAAUAGUGGAAAAUGUAAUUAUUUAUAUUGUCUGAAAGUAUAUGAAGUAUUUAAAUAUUUAAAGUGAAGCUGGUUUGGACACAGUAGUUUGUUUUUUAGUCAUUCCUCAUGGUUUGUAUCGCUGUUAUUUUUUUUAAAUGUGAAGUAUCUUCUUGG